GGCUGGCUUGGCUGCUACUUUUCGAGUGGCGGCUGGCUUGACCGCAGUUUGAGACUGGCGUAGUUGAAUCACGUGUUUCACUUUCGUUUCCUUGAAAAGAAAACCACCACCACCUUUAAAGGUUGGGAGACCGUAAUACCGUUGGAAUAUUCCACAAAUCUCCGCCGAGAUGACAACACAACUGUCUAAUUUCAUCAUGCAGACUUUGUGUGACGACCAAGGCAGUUCGGAGUUCAGAGUCCUGAGACAGAAAUUGGAGCAGAGGUUUACUGGUGUUGGGGCGUCAGUCCUUCAGCGCGUUCUUUCGGACGAAGCCCGAAUAGCAGUGAAGAAAGGCGUCCUGGCCGUCGGUGCAGGUCAAAUAUUGAGCCAGGACUCUGUGAUCGUGGCCAAAACGUCUCUACGGAUCUGCCAGAAGAGACCUGGCGCCUGUCUCCAGUGUGAGAAUUUGCACCUUUGCAAGUUUUAUGUGUUGGGGGCCUGUAUGUUUGGAUCGAGGUGUAAACAUCCACACAUGUUGACUUGGCUACACAAUGCAGACCUGUUGAAGAAAUUUGACCUCCAACACCUUUCAGAGAAACAGCUGUUCCAACUCUUACUACAGAAUGACCCCUACCUACUUCCUGAGAUAUGCUCCCACUACAAUAUGGGCGAGGGUGAGAGCGGCUUCUGCACGUUCACCUGGAGGUGCCGCAAUCUUCACGUCUGCAAGCCCCAUUUCACCACAGGAGUCUGUAAACAAGGCUCAUCCUGUCCCAGGAUCCGUGAUGUUGAUACCAAGGCGCACAAGUGUUUUGAAAACAUCAGUCAAGAGAUGAUUAACAGUCUUCCAAAAGUCUACAAAAAUAAAUGCAUCAUCGGAGAUCAGCAGAAGAAUCCAGCCACUGCUGCUCUUGUAUUUUCAGAGUCGAGAUGUCCCGCCGGCUCACUGGGUGCAACUAAACCAGUGAGUGAUUCUGACAAGAAGGAACUCUGCCUCUUCUUCAUCAGAAAAUGCUGCACUUAUAAAGCAGAGAAAUGUGUCCGUCUCCACUGGCACUUACCUUAUAGAUGGCAGGUUUUGGACACCGGCGGUGUAACCUGGGAAGACUUUACCGAUAUGGAGGAGAUUGAGAAGGCCUACUGUGACCCAGCAAGAGAUUCAAGUUCCAUGGACCAGGCGUCGAACACAGAUUGGCUUCCAGCCAUCAAACCCCAGGCUCACAAAAGGCCGUCAGUUGACUUCAUGGGGAUGACUUGCAACGGCUCUUCUGUGCGUCGCUUGUCCACAGUCUCGUCUGUUACGAAGGCCGGUCACUUUAUUCUGACAACGCAGUGGCUCUGGUACUGGAAGGAUGACACUGGCAAAUGGCAGGAGUUUGGCCAGAGCGAGGUUAGCACGCCAGCCUCUCUCACUUCCGAAGCGCUGGAGAAUAUUUACUUGGCAGACCAAAAGACACAAGUGACUUUCAUUGCUGGCGGGCAUCAGUAUGUGAUGUACUUCAGAGAUAAAGCAGGAACUCAGCGUAUGUAUCAGGAAAAUAUAAAACACUCCACCAAGCGGGAGGUUCGAAGGAGGCCUCGCUUUGUGUCCUACCAUGAUGUGGAGGUGAUUUUGAAGAGCUCCAAGUCUUCCACAGAAGAGUUCCCUCCCCAUUGGGACAAAAAUGCCCUUCCCGACAUUGGAUUCAAGAUGGUGCCGCUUCCCAAAUCGACUGAGUACAACAGGAUUGAAUGUUUGUUCAAGGCAACGAUGCCAAACGUUACGAUCCAGAGUAUCAAGAGGAUCCAGAACCCUUAUCUGUGGACACGCUUUCAGAUGCAGAGAGAUCAGAUGAAGAAGAGAAAUGGAGGGAAAGCUGUCGCUGAGCAGUACUUGUUCCACGGGACUAAUUAUAACUUGAUCGACGCCAUCUGUGAGCAAAACUUUGACUGGAGGAUGAGCGGCAUCCACGGCACGGCCUUCGGCAAAGGAUGCUACUUUGCCAAACAGGCUUCUUACUCAAACCGAUAUUCCACAGCCAGAGGUGUGAACAAGAGUAUGUUUGUGGCUCUAGUCCUGGUAGGCGAGUACACCAAGGGAAGCAGCCACUUUACCCGCCCAGCAGCCAAAGGAAAGAGCACAACCCUUUAUGAUAGCUGUGUUGAUGAUGAGACAAGCCCCAAUAUUUUUGUCAUCUUUGAUAGUCAUCAGAUGUAUCCCGAGUACCUUAUUGACUACUCUGAGUAGCAAUAGCAGUAGUUGCUUAAGGUGAUUGGGGAGGAUUCUAAAGACUCUUUGUCUCCCUGACCUUGUGAAGUCAAAACGCUUUAACGAUCGUAGUGUUUUCAAUGAGAAUGUAGAAUGAUCACAACCCAUUGUGGGCCGCUUGUUCCCCUCAGUUGUUUGGAUUUCAUUAAAACAUUUAAUCCUACAUUAUGAAACCGCUGGCAUCCCAAAACAUUUUAACUGCAGAAUUCAUGACGUUCUUACAUCUUUAAAACCAAGUUUAAAAUAUAUAUAUAUUUUUUUUAACAUAAAAACAAUCAAUCUUAACCUUUGCGAUGAAGGCUUAAAUGCAAACGUAACUCAUGUCCAGGCUCUACCUUAUCUCAUAACAUUCUUAUUCGUCACGUGUAAAAAUAAGUUAACCACUGUGAAACAUGCAUGAGUGUGUUUGAAUCUUACUUUACAUAACUUCUGUUGUUUUUCCCCCCUUCUCUUAACUUCACUGGUUAGGGCUCCUCCUUCUUUUGGAGGUAGUGCACGACCAGAAAAAGAAAAUGUCUGCAGAGUUGAUAUUUUGAUGAUCGAUGAACUGGGGUCUCGCAUGAUGAUUAGCCAUAGUGUUGUAAAAGCAUUGCAAAAAAAAAACAAAAAAAGCAGAACACAUUCAAAAUCAUUCUUUUGACUCCUGAAUUGUACUGCUUUAAGGGUGUUGGAUUUCAGGUUCCACUACAUAAUGUUUACUGUGUGCAUGUUGUGCCAAUCAGAGCUCGAGUUUCAACAUUACUGUUGACUUAGAAUUGUUCUUUAACUUGAAAAAUGACUUGUUACAUUUGUUUUUUCAUGAUUUCAAAUAAACAAGCAUGACUUUUUUAA